GUCUAUUCCACCAAUGAUAUUGCUUCAUGCCUUUCUCAAUCUUCUCGCCAAACUCAAGACGAGGAUACUUUAACAAGCCCCCUAACUCGCUAGGGGGCGGUGUUUCGAUGGCCUUAGCGACCUUAACGACUUUGUUUGGCGAAUCCACUCCUUUUGGCCUAAUUAAUUCUCUCCGCCUCUCUGUCAACCUUCUCUUCCAUAACUUUGUCUUGCAUAAAGAACUCGAUUUGCCGUUUCCUUUUGCAAUUUUUUCACUCAGCUUUCAAAUUUUUUCACCAUCAUCGCCAUCACAGCUGAAGCAAUACAGAUUAGUUUUCUUCCUAAUCGUCUGAAAUUAGUCCUUCAUUUGAGUUUUAACUGAUUUUUGGUUAUAUCUGUUUCGAGUUGUGAUACCUGUCUCGAUCCAGGGAAACUACAUGACCAUGGAGUAUGAAGUUGUUGGAUGCGGAUAUCGAACAACAGCGAGCUGGUGUAGCCGCACAUCUCAGCCCAGAAACUACAAACUGUGUUGAUGGUUCUUGAGCUCAUGAGCUGAAUGCUAGUGAUGAGUGUGGAAUCAAUGUAUACAAUAUCUAAAAUUAAGAAUUUUGGUGCAGUUGGUGUUGGUUCUGGGCAUCAAGGAUUCAAUGACUGAAGAUGCACAACUCUCUCUCUCUCUCUCUCUCAUAUUUUAUAAUUAUUUGGCAGUGAUAUACAAUCUCUCUCUCUCUCUCUCUCUCAUUUUAUAAUUAUUUGGCAGUGAUAUACAAGUAGUAAUAUAAAUAUGUUGUUUUUGUAUUGCAGAAUGCCUUACUUCGUACAAUGGAAACCUACUCCAAAGUAAAAAGAUUCCUUUUUAUAUGCAAAUUAAUCAGCAGGAUCAUAGAACUUCUUGGUUCUAGAUGUGCCAAGUUCAGGUUCAAGCCACUUUUGGAAGAAAAUAUGAGCACUCGUGUACUACAUAUCUGCAAUGAGGAAGGCCUUAACUUGGACUUAGAGGCUCUCUCUCUCUUAAUCUUAAGUUGCAUAUCUCAAGGAGAUCUUCGUGGUGCUAUCAUCUUGUUGCAGGAAAUGUGUCUCCUGUCUGAGGGAACAAUGGAGACCAACAUUCUCGUUCAACAUACUCGUUCAAGAGGGAUUGUUAAAUCUGAUAAAAUGAAAGCCUCGUAGGCUUUGAAAGCAAAUUGAUUACUUAUCACGAAGAUAUCACACAACUUAUUUCUACCUCCUUCGGCACAUGCGACUUCCGACUUUUCAUUAGUUGGGGUUUCGGUUGCAGCUGCAACCGAUAAGAGAAUGAGUAUGAUCAGAACUGAUGGCGAUAGAGAAUGCAUUUUUUCAGAUACAAUUGAAUCGUCAAAGGUAUUUCUAGUGACCGCGGGAAGGCGAAGGCGUGAUCGUACAACUCCUUACUUUUCAUGAUUUUGUUUAUGGGAUACUCUAAUAUGAAAACAUUUUGUAACAACUAAUGGUUUUGGAUUGUUUUAAAAGUUUAAAAUUGGCAUGAUUUUUAUGGAUGUUACAAGUUGGUAUAGAGUCUUGGUUUGAGUGAAUUGGAGGAACACUUGUGUAAAUCCAGUCUCAAACUAAGGAAAAGAUUUUCAAAAUGAUUUUUCAAAAAGGUUUUCAAAAUAUAAAAAGGAGGAUGUAGGGUGUACGAUCAGCUGGAGCCAGUAAGUAGACACCAAAAUACCGUAUGAUUAUUUGAUAAUGUGAUAUGUUAGAACAACAUGCUAGUGCUAGGCUAGGGAUCUUCAGAAAUUGCAAGAUAGAAUUGCCUGAUUAUAUGAUGCCUGAUAGCCUAGGGUUUUCUUUAUAUGAAAUUGACAUCAUUACUAUAGUUGCUUAGUGUAUGCAUCACGACCGUACAUAAUUAAGAUCUUAUAGCCUGAGAAUGUUUGGUUUGACCUUAUUUCCUGUUCUUGUUUGAUGAAGGGCUCAGGUAUUCGAAAGUCUAUAGGGUCCAACGUUAUGUUUGGUUAGCAUACACGAGUGUUGCAGGGUUGGUGGAAGUGUCAUGGGUGGGUUGUGUGGCAGUUAUGAGACAUUUAGCAUUCCUCAAGGAGUGAGGAUUGAGCGCUUGCCAUGAUCAUAAUGGUGGUUACGAGACGCUUUGUGGCUGGAUCAGGAUCAGGAGAUGGCGGCCAGGAGGGGCCGGCAGCACCCGAGGUUGUGGUGUAGAUGGGGGCAGAUGAGCUAGACGUUAGGAUUCGAAAGAUCCUGCACGACGAGGUUGCCGCUUUAUUCCGGGCGCAUCUACCGGAGAUGUUUGGGUCUAUUAAGACCGUUAUGGUCGAGUAUUUUGACGAGCGUUACACAGCCCUUGAAGAGACGGCUGCCGCUGCAGCUGCAUCGGCUGUAACAGCGGCAGGGGGAGGAGCCAAUCGAGUUUUUCAGUACAGGGACUUCGAUAACACGAAGCCCCCUACUUUUGAUGGGACUCAGGACCCCAUCAAGGCCAUGAGAUGGAUUUCUAACGUAGAGGAAUGUUUCUUUACAUGCUCGUGUCCUACUGACCAGAAGGUAAGAUGUGCCCUGAACUUGCUGAGGUCUGGGGCCAAGGACUGGUGGAGACUGACGACUGGGUCGUACACUGAUGAUCAAAGAGGUGUUGUUACUUGGGAGCAGUUCAGGGAUAUGUUCCACACUCGUUACAUUCCACGGGUUGAGCGAGAACGAUUGGCUCAGGAGUUUUUAGGAUUGAGACAUGAUAGGCAGUCGGUGACGGAGAUCACCCGCAUGUUCACAGAGAGGACGAUGUUCUGCCCGGAGUUUGCUUCUGAGCAGGCUCAGAUGACACGUUAUCUGAGCAUGCUCAAGACUGACAUCCGUCAGUUUGUGUCUACUCACCGAUGUGAUACCCUACUAGAGUUGCAGGAGGCCGCUAGGCGGCGUGAGUUGGAGAUUGAGCUGCAGUUGAGGGAGCAGCGGCAGGCCCCGACACAGUCACAGCCAGCGCCGAAGCGGUCUAAGACCGUUGAUACUAGGACCGCGAGUCAGUAGAGCCGCACUUGUGGAAAGUGCGGCAAGGGUCAUACUGGGGUUUGUCGAGCUAGUAACGGGUGCCACAGGUAUGGCAAGUAGGCUCAUGUGCAUGCCUUCCAGCUCACCGCAGAGGAGGCCAUGGCAGCAUCAGAUGUGGUUGCUG